GCAGAUAUCGUUUCACAUCUCAUGAAGAUGUGAUUUCGAUGCAUAAUUUAUCUCCUGAAAAGUUGCAUCUGUGGAUUCAUACAUUAGGUGGACUUAAUAGGAUUUUACGGAAUAUUUUAACUGGAUUCCUUGGUACUACUGGGUGAGGUGAUUAUCAGGAGAUAUGAUUCUAAACUACUAAAAUAUUGACAAUUUUUUUUGCGCCUUGGCCGUGACCGUGUGACUGUGUGAGGCGAUUGUGUGACUUCCCAUACCGUAGGCAUUAUCAUUGCUUGUUGAUGCAGUUUCGAUUUAGUUUCAAUCAUUCGCAUAGUGUAUUUACUAUUCUUGUGAGGUUAUCGACAAAUGAAGUUUAUUUAUAAAUAAAUACUACAUGAGAAUGGAUUAAAAUACAUGAUACUGGAAACUUAAAUCUAGAGGAACCUCGUCUUUUCCCUUCAUUACUAACUCAGUCUCAACAAGAAGCCCUUUCUGAAUAGCGUGACCACGUCCAAUGCACAACACACGAUGAAUGCGAAGGCGGACAUCAACUUGGAUCGGAUAAUUGAGCAGCUCAUGUCUGUUCGUUCAACCCCUGGUAAACAGGUACAACUGCCAGAGAAUCAGAUUCGGCAUCUAUGUCAGUUAUCCCGAGAGCAGUUUUUGGAAGAACCAAUGCUGGUUGAGCUAGAAGCUCCAGUCAAUAUUGUGGGUGACAUCCAUGGCCAGUAUGGAGAUCUCAUCAGACAUUUUGACAAGUGUGGCUUCCCACCUGAAUCAAACUAUCUAUUUCUUGGAGAUUAUGUAGACAGAGGCAAACAAUCCUUGGAGACCAUCUGCUUGAUGUUGGCCUACAAACUCAAAUAUCCUAACAAUUUCUUCUUACUUCGAGGAAAUCAUGAGUGCGCCAGUAUCAAUAGGUAAGUGUCUUGAUUUGUUACUGUUUGCAGAUCCCUCAGGCCCAUUUCAUAAAGGAUUUACCAAUGUGUUAACUUUGCUAUUAUGAUAACUCCCAUGGUAACAUGGCUCAGCAGUCACUCAAAAUCUGGGUUUCAGUUUCCAGGGUAGUUUAAUGUCAAAGUUACCAUAGAUAUAAGUCUUUAUGAAAAGUCGCCCUCAUGAAAACCUUAGUGAGACAUUUAAAGGGAUUCUCUGGGCUGAAAAUAUUUAUUUCUUAAAAAAAAUCUGAAAAUUUCAUCUAAAUCUGAUAACAAAUGGGAUAUGAUGUCAUAUCCCAAAUUUCCUUUUUCUUAUGUUAUUGAAUGAAAUCAUAAAUAUUUCAUUUUUUCAUACAUGUGUGAAUGAUAUGUCUGCCUUAUAAUGAGAAAUAAGUUGCAUCAAUGAAUAUCUAAUGCACUUAAUCAGUUGUUAUUUCAAUAUUUUUGGCUCUUGAAGGGGGGAAAAAUGAAUAAACCUAAUUU